AUCUCUUGCCCAUCUAACUCUUCGUCUAUUUGUUAUUUUCUUGCGAAAGCAAAAUCACUCACUAACCAGAAACACAAAGCGGUCUCUCUCUCGCCUUCGAGUUUUCUAGGGAUAUCCAAGACCGGUGCUGUUUCGAAACCCAUCAAUCGUCAUAACCAUCAUGUCGUCGUCGUCGAAGAAGAUCACCCUGAAGAGCUCUGAUGGCGAAUCGUUCGAGGUUGAAGAAGCGGUGGCUCUUGAGUCGCAGACCAUCAAGCAUAUGAUCGAGGACGAUUGCGCCGACAACGGCAUUCCUCUGCCCAACGUGACGAGCAAGAUCUUGGCCAAGGUCAUCGAGUACUGCAAGAAGCACGUCGACGCUGCCAAGCCUGAUGAGAAGAUCUCCGAGGAUGAUCUCAAGGCUUGGGAUCAGGACUUUGUCAAAGUUGACCAGGCAACCCUAUUUGAUCUCAUUCUGGCUGCAAACUACUUGAACAUCAAGCUCCUGCUGGACCUGACAUGCCAGACUGUUGCGGACAUGAUCAAGGGGAAGACCCCGGAGGAGAUCCGAAAGACCUUCAAUAUCAAGAACGACUUCACCCCGGAGGAGGAGGAGGAAGUUCGUCGCGAGAACCAGUGGGCAUUUGAAUGAAGUUAUUGUGAUGGUGUUUAUUUAGUUGGAACUUAAAACAGUGGCAUACCCUAUCAUGUAUUCUAGUUAAUCAACUGACUUCUUAUCAUUCUCUGGUAUUUAAGUACUUUUUAUGGAAGUUGUGAGUCCUUUUAAAUUGUAGAUAAAACUUGGAUUCUGGUAUUGAUAGUGGUUCGUUUCGUUCUGCUGUCAAUCCUACUGUCAGUACUAUUAUGAAUCAAAUCUUUUGCUGCCAUUAAGUUGA